AUGGAGCUCCCGUGCUACACCUUUGCCCGGCUGAAGCCGCUACGGAAACAUUUCUGGUGCAGCAAAUCCAGCUUCGAACCUAAACCUGGCGGGAAAUAUGUAACAAACAUCUUCUUGGCAGUCAGCAACCGCGGUGACAGCAACAGCAGCGAUGGGAGCAACGGCAGCAGCGGAAAGUCAAAACACUCUAAAGCUAAGAACCCGGGUCGCAGCCGCGCUGUGGUCGAACUUCCAGAGGUGUUCUAUCGCUUCACAGACGCGAGCGGCAACAGCGCUUCCGUGAUCGAGAAGGACGGCACCGUCACGCGAAUCAGCAUUGUCGUACCAACGGUGAUCAACCCGCUUGCCUCUUUCGAGGAACGCGAUAUAGAUCCCACCAGCUCUGAACCUGUCGUACCAAUUAGCAUCCUGGCACCGUCGCGGGCAGCUCCAGCAUCCGUCCUGAAGACGCGCGACGGCGGCGGCGGCGGCGGGGACAUUGGCGGCGUCAGCGGUGGCGACGGCGCCAGCUCAGGGUCGCAAGGGACUGUAUACGGCAGCACUGCCGCCAACGUUUUAGGGAGUGGGGACGCUACGGCCGGCAUGGACGGCAACGUAACGAUCGGUGAAGGUACCGCGGCGGCGGCGGCGGGGCCGUAUCCCGACGGCAGCGGGGGGGACGCCGACGACGCUGCAGCCGCCGCCUCCGACAGCGCCGCCACCGACCGCAGGAAUACGACAAGUACGGACAGUACGGAUGCCGAGGAUAGCGAGCUAUUAUGGGAUCCAGCGCUUCUAGGGGCGCUGGCGCUGGCCGCAGCAGCCGUCAGCGUCGGUGUCUUUGCCGCCAUGGCGGCGGCGGCGGACGCUGCGGCAGCAUCCGCCGCCGCGGCAGCGGCGGCGCUGGCGGCGCCGCCGGCGCCGGCGCCUGUGAAGUGGGUUCAGCUGAACCCGGUGCCGGGAAUGGCGCCGGCGACGGCAGCUGCCGUACAAUGGUACUUGCUUACGUGGACGGAGUUUUGCAACGGAUUCAUGGAGCCGUUAUCCCGAGCUUUCCAGAAAUGGUCGUACGCGGCCCUGCCAGUCAAGAUUGCUGUCGUACUGGUCAGCAGCUUUCCGCUGGUGCUGGUCUUCGGAGUCCUGUACUACUUGGCGGUGGGCGGCCGACCCGCGGGUCAGUCCUUCACAGAGGCGCUUAUCAAGAUACAUUGCAUCCUCAACCGAAUGCCGGGAACCAACAUGGUUCGGGAGAACAACGCGGUCAGCUUUCUAGUGGUGAAUGCGGCCUUCUUCACCGGGCUCUUCACAUUCGCCAUAUUCCUAGGAAUUGUGUCAGACGAGGUCAAAACCACGUUCAGGUCCAUCAAGACCGGCGAUUAUCCCGUACGUGUACGGGACCACGUGCUCGUCCUCAACUGGUCGCAUCACACAAUUCCGUUGCUACGGCAGUACGAUCUUGCACGGCAGUACGCGGGUAACGACGCCUUUUUCCGCCGGCCGUUGGUUCUGUUGUCGGACACUCCUAAACAAGACAUGGACAACGAAAUCGCGGAGCGGCUCAAAUCCAACAGCCUGGAGGUGGUAACCCGAUCCGGCAGCCCAGCCAUGUUGCGGGAUCUUUCAACGGUGGCGGCGGCGUCGGCCCACACCAUCAUCGUGUUGCACCCCGGCGGCGCCGCAAGCCAUGCGUCGGCGGAGGCGGCCAAGGCGUCGACGGCCAUGGCGCUGGCGGCGUUGACGGCGUCGGAGGCCGCGGCGGCGGCGACGCGUGGGAAGGAGCUGGCGGCGGCGCAGCAGCUCACCUGUGUUGGCGGCGAUCUUCCUGGUUUUAUCUCGCAGCCCUUCCAAGCGCUGUCCUCGUCACUGGGUUUGACCCGCCAUCCGACCCACGGGUCGGUGGGUCAGCGCCUGCCCCGCGUGUUGUUCCAGAUGCCCGACGAGGUGGUGGUGGCCCAAGACCCCGUCAGCUCCUUCACAAAGUCCUCCCCAGCCAACAUAAGCGGAACCAUGCAGGCGCUCUCUAUCACGGACGCGUCCGUCAUAGACAGAUUCACGUGCCAAGCUGCCGUACAACCAGGCAUGCUGCGCAUCUGGGCGAGCGUACUGCAGCAUGGACCGCACAGCAUCAAGGCUCUUAUGGUGCCCGUACCCGCCCAACUUGUGGGCUCCACCUUUGGCAAGGCGCGCUGCCAGUACGCGGAUGCCGUACUUAUCGGUAUCAUGCGGGCUAACGGAACCAACGGUAAUGCGAUAAAUGGAACCGCCAGCAGCAAUGGCGGCGGCGGCACCGCAGCGGCCGCAACUUGCUUCACAACCACCGACGGCGGCAGCGCCGGCGACGCCGCCGCCGCUGAUGCCGCCAGCUACAGCCUUCACAUGGACGUCCGUGAUCUGGACGGUUGGGAGUUGGCGGUUGGCGAUGUGUUGGUUAUGUUUGUUCCGGCGCGUGUAGCGGGUGUACCACAGGCGAGUACGGCGACGGCGGCGCUGUUUCCGCCGGCGGCGGCGGCGGCGGCGGAGCGCAUCCGACGCCAUGUCGGCUACAACGCCCCCCCCAAGCGCGUCAUCAUGGCGGGCUACCGCUGGCAGGAUGUUGCGGACGUGGCAGCGGCCUUCUCCGACUCCGCCCCGGACGGCAGCCAGGUCACCUUCAUCCUCCCCCACCUGCCCUCUGAGGGGGAGGGGGAGGGGGGGGGGAGUCCGGAGCUGCCGGGGUUCUCGGGUUCGUGCCGGAUACGUUACGUGGACGCGAGGGGCCCCAUGAUCAGCCUGAGGGCCCUACACGAGGCAGGCAUCAAGACUGCGGAUGCUGUGGUGCUUCGGCCGCCCAUCCAGGAUAUGGAACGCUGGUGUGCCAAGAAGCCCGUGACGGCCCGUAUUCGAGAGGCGGAUGCGAUGGUAAUGGCGGGACUGAUUCAGGUUCAGGACGCGGUGAUUGCAUCAGGUCGUACGGAUCCACCGCACGUGGUCGCGCGGCUCAACCGUUACGGGUCAACGGAAACGGCUCUUCGCCGCCACAGCAGCAACAGCAGCAGCAGCAGCAGCCGGCCUUAUCCUCCCAGGCACAUGUACAACAGCUACAGCCGCUACAGCCUGAGCUACAGCUGCAACGGCGAGCUGCAGCCGCAAAGCCAUCACCGCCAGCUGCCGCCCAUUGUCCACAACAGCUACAGCCGCUGCAGCCGCUACAGCCGCUGCAGGAUCAAGUCCUCGAAGACCCCCGGCGACAGAAUCACAUCUGGCGGGGACUCCUGCCACAACACAGACACGCAGACGCAGACGGUGGUUGUUGGUCAGAGCAAUGGAGCACACCCACCGCCGCAUCACUGCCUGCCGGGGGGUCUGACGCUUCAUCUUCCCCUCAUGCCGGCGUUGCAUUUGCCGGGUAGCGGUGGUGCCAGUGGUGGUGGUGGUGGUGGCGGAGGCGCGGAGGCGGAGGCGCCGCCAUUGCCAUCUUCAUCCUCCACGGGGAUGACGGCAAAUUUUCCAGCAGGAGCCGCUGGAAGUCCGCUGGCUCAUCAGCUGCAGCAGCCGCCGCCGCAGCAGCAGCAGCAGCCGCAUGGCAGUCAUGGCGGGGGCGGUGCAUCCAGCCCUGCCGAUCGGAUCUUCCUUGCUGAUGACUUGAUCGGCGCGUUGCUCACGCAGGUCGCCGCCCAGCCCAGCUACACCCAGCUGGUGUCGCAGCUGAUCAGCAAGGACGGCGCUGAGCUGUACCUGCGGAGCCCGGCAGUGUUCAACAUCGCCCCGGGUGAGCGGCUGUCGUUCGCCGAGCUCACUGAGACCUCCCGGCUGCUGCGGCAAGUGGCGCUGGGGGUGGUGCGUGCAGACGGCCGCUGCUGCCUGGUCCCCAAGCCACAUGAGCUUCUGGACUUCAAGCCCGGGGAUCAGCCAAGCUGCUCUCUGCCGCCGCUGGACAGUGACCCCGCUUCGCAGGGGACGGGAAGGGGAUGUACGGCGGGUGUCGCGGCUGGCCCUGACGGGGACGGGUGGUACGGCAGGCCCCGGUUGCCAUCGCCCCGCCGCCGCCCCGGUCGAAUAGUGCAUGGCCUGGGGCGGCGAGGGCAGGUAACGGCCCGGGGCAUCAUUCCUUCCGAGGACUACGACUUUCAAAGGGCACACUCUUCUGCGCUAAACACUGUAGAGUGUCGUACAUUCUACAUCACAAAAUGCAAAUCCCGUACAUGUGUACAACCAAGAAUCGAGGCGAAUUGA